GCAAGGCUGGAAGGCCUCCAACCAUUCUACCAUCUACAUCUCUUUCACAUGUCUUCGCAACAGAAAGCUCUUGUUCUUCCCAAAAAGCAGGGCAGCUUUGAGCUUAGCUCCCGCAGCAUCCCCAGUCCUGGGGCCGGGCAGCUCCUAGUCAAAAUUCAAUCUGCAGCUCUGAAUCCAGUCGACUACAAGAUCAAGGACGCAGGUAUAUUCGUGACUCAUUACCCUGCCGUUCUGGGAACGGAUAUUGCUGGGAUUGUCGAAGAAGUAGGGGAAGGUGUCGAGAAUUUCGGCAAAGGCGAUAGAGUAUUAGCGCACGGCAAGUUCACCAAUGACUUUGCUGCAUUUCAGCAGUAUACCUUGACCGAUGCAAGCUUUACAGCAAAGAUUCCUGCAAGCGAAUCCUUCGAUAGCGCAGCUACUGUUCCUCUUGGAUUAGAUACUGCACUGGUGGGCUUGUACGGAGAUCAAUUGGGAGCUGGGAUAACACCUCCUUGGACGAAAAGCGCCGACGGUCACAAAUCAAAGACGCCUAUUGUCAUCCUCGGGGGUUCUUCCUCUGUGGGGUCAUACACUAUCCAACUCGCUCGUCUGUCAGGAUUUUAUCCUAUCAUCACUACAGCCUCUCCGAGCAAUGAAGAGCUUGUCAAGGAUUCCGGCGCAACUCAUUUCUUUGAUCGCAAUCUUUCUGGAACACAACUGCUGGCGGCUAUAAGCGAAGUUACGGACGGCCCUGUCAAACUUGUUUAUGACGCCAUCUCGUUGCCAGAAACACAGUCUGUAGCAUGGGAAUUACUUGCAGAUAACGGCACCCUCGUCUUAACCCUUCCUGCAUCAGUCAAGGAAAAUGAAGGCAAGGGGCGCAGGGUGAUUCAAACCUUCGCAAGCCCACAUGCCGCUCAAAAUGAGGAGCUGUGCAGCAGCUCCUGGGCUAUGGUCGAACAAUGGCUUUCGGACGGUACUAUAAAGCCGAACAAGUAUGAAGUCCUCCCGAACGGACUAGAAGGUAUUAUUGGAGGACUGGAAAGGAUGAAACUGGGACAGGUGUCUGGCACGAAGUUGGUUGCUCACCCUCAGCAAACACAGUAAAUGCAGGGUUGUUCCGCAUCCUACAUACGAAACUAGCGUUGGUCUUUGUCCGACUUAACACGUGUUUACCGGUAUACCUACUCAUAUAGCAGAGCGCGUACAUACACACGUAGGCCUUUAUAUAGGGCCAUGUCCGACAUAGGGCUUACGACAAUAAAUUGAUUUUUUUCAAAUA